AGAAUAUCAACCGAAACCACCCCAACACAGUAUAUAAAAGGCAACAAGAUGUUCAUUGAUGCUUGAAAUUCAUCUCAGGACGAUCUAUUCCCGUCCCGCAACACAACCAUCGGCAGCAGCAGCACGCAAGGUGCAAACAAAAGGCGGGUGACAAGGUGCUCGUGAAAAUCAGUGUUUUUUCCCCGUCGAACGAAGGCGAUCGUCGUCAAUAUGGGCCAGGACGAGGAGGACACCGCGUUCAGCGAGAAAAUUAUCAACGAGAUCGAUGCCGUUUUCAUGCGCGAUCCGGAUUUAGUUGGAUUCGAAAUCAUACCGAUGCCGCUGAAUCAAAACAAGUCCCCGGUAAUCCACCUGGAGCAUAAUCUCGGCCUACAGUCGUGGUGCGUGGAGUGUGUGUAUGCGUACGCCCACCGUCUGAUACUGCAGUACCGCAACGAGUGGCUGUCGUCGAAUGCACUCCCGGUUGGCUGCGGGUCGGCCCCUUGGAAUGUGUCCGACAAGGGUAAACUGUCCGGCGGAGGAGGUCUGGGACCGGGCGGAGGCAGCAACACCACCGGGGGGUGCACCAACGGUGGAAAUGUACCGAUCAUCAAGUACCUUAACUGUGCCAUACUGAUCAACCCGGAUGUGGCGACGUUUUGGAACCUGCGCCGGCAGCUUUUUGCGAAGAACCGGCUGGACAUUUCGAAGGAGUUCCAUUUCUCGGCGCUCGUCCUCAGCAAAAAGCCCAAAUCGAACGAAGCGUUCGCGUACCGGCGCUGGUUGUACCUGUUCCAGAGUUCCGACGCGAUCGAUUGGGCGUUCGAGAUCAGCCUGUGCGAAAAGUGUGCGGACAAGAGCAACACCAACUAUCACGCCUGGUGCCACCGGCAGUGGGUGCUGAUGAAGGCGCCCAACCUGCUCAAGUACGAGGUGUACCGGACGGAAAAGUUCAUCCGCAAGCACAUCCACGACUACAGCUGCUACAACCACCGGCAGUUCGUGCUGGCGAAGAUGUUCGAGCUGUGCUACUACGACGAGGAGGACGACGGUACCGAGGAGCUGCCGGAAGCGGCCGGUCGCACCCCCCGCAAGUACAACGCUCUCUGCGAGCUGAUCGAAUCGCUAGCCGGUGGUGGUGGCGCUGCUGUCCCAUCACCCACCGACGACGCCACGGUGAACGAUUUGCUUCGCUACCUGCUACCUGCCAUUACCAAAGAGCACGAACUGAACCAGCUCCGGGUGCGCACCUUCCUGUACUGCCUCAACCUGGCCGCGUACGAUCUGCGUCUGUGCGGCGAGCUGGCCGCGCUGCACAGCGUGUCGCAAGCGCUCGAAAACCAUCGCAAGUUUAUGGUGAAGUUUCUGAUCGAUCGGCUACGGGUCGGGCCGGGCUGGCUGCUAAACACCUCGAGUACGGCCGCCCUGUACGCCAGCCCGGGCGGAUACUGCGCACAACCGCUGUCGAAGGUUACGCGGCUCGAUGAGGACGCGAGCACGUUUCUCCAGGCGCUGAAAGCGAACGAGCUGCGCCGAACGCAGACCGACCCACGGCACGGCCAGUGGUGCAAACUGUUUCUGGGGCUUGAGCUGGGGCAGCAACAGCAGCAGUAGGGCGGGCUAAGAUUGUGCUAGGAGCAGCAGCUCACAUUCGCGCUUUCUCAUCCUCCUAGUCAGUGUCCGUCGUUGGCCUGCGCCUUCUCGCAUCUUCGAACCCGUCAGCUGCUGCUUACGAUGUUAAGUUUACGAUGAGAGUUUAUGGAUAGUUUAUGUUGUUAGCCCAUCCAACGAACGCAAUCUUCUAGUGUACAAAUGUGCAGUCAUAUUCAAAAACAAAAGCGAAGACGGGAGACGAAUUCCCUCGAACGCUUCUUCCCCCUCAUCCUGUCGGUAGCUGUGGUGUGCGUGUGCUGGCACAAGCAGAAUUACAAUAAGUAGUAGUGAAUUUUACCUCCUUAACAAUCAAUAAAUGAAAUUAAUAUUGAGAU